AUGGUGGCUGGCAUUCCUCUCACCAAUCUCAAGCAGUGUCUCCAGUUCCUGCUGUGGUUAAAGGGUCACAGUGGUAUGCAAAACCAGGUGAUUAGUGAACUGGUUAAGCGUUAUGGAGAAUCUUAUAAUCAUAUUUCGUUUACGGGCAAGCUGCCACGUGCUGUCUCCGAAUUCCUCGAACACGUGUCCAAGUUUUAUAAGAAAUUAGUAGCUACACCAAUUGAGAAAAGCUAUAUCGAUCCAAAAGCGAAAGAUGUCACCGAAGCCCUCCUCGACUGCAUUCCCAAGUUCCUCGCCGCUUUGUAUUUUUUGUGGUACAAUGUGGAUUAUAGAUUCGAUGCGGUGGGAGGAGCGAAGUGGAGAGACGAUUAUCCUGGGUGGGAAUUGGAUCGACAAGAUUUUUGGGGUAGGACUGGAUGGGGCGGUGAACUGCAGAAUUAUCUCAGGGUGUUACUGAGCGAUAAGUACGGUGACCUCAUAGCUGGUGGGUUCGGCGAAGGUGAGGUGACGUAUGGUUACGACUAUAAUUCUCGCUAUGCUUACCGGUACGGUAUGGAUAUGAUUCCUGACCUCAAAAAUAUUUUGGACAAACAUAGUCAUAAGUACAAUGAUUUCCGGGACGUAUUUUUUACAACAGUCAUUUCUAAAAGUGGUGCCGGCACUCAUAAAGUGAACACUGCGAAUGUUCUUGCAUUGGUGAAAACGUUUUGCGAGAUUGUCGCUGCGGAGGAAAAGAAACUAAAUGGUGAAAAGUUUAAAACGCAUUUGGAAAAAGGCACGCAGAACAAACGCAUUUGUUGGAAUAAUUUAGUAGCCCAUUGCAAAAAUCUUGAGCAGCAACUUGGCAAGUUGUUCAACAUCGAGGGCUUUUCCUACACCGGCCAGGUGCGGAGUGUUAAGGAGCUUAACACAGAGACAUUUGCGGGGGAGACAGCUGAAUGGUUUAGACAACAUUUGCACAAAGUUCAACAGAAUGUACAACGAAUAGAUAAAGAUUUCCCAGUCGACGACACUCGACAUUUGAAUUAUCUUCAGCCAUUUGCAACAGAAAACAUAUUCCCCUACGGUUUUAUAUUUGGUGACCAAGGCUAUGGAACGAUGGGAGACGCGUGGAAGACGCUGUCAGAUCAUUGGGACAGUGUCAUAGAUAUGCUUGGCAAAGAUCGCGACGGCUUGGAUAAGUUGAAAAAACUUUUGGAUGGUGAGCCGUGCCGUCCGCCGGCUCCGCCCCCAAAUCCCCGACCCCGACUAAGGCAGGCGCCUGCGUCCAGGCCUUCGAGGCCUGGCAGACCUGCACCACCAGGGACUUCCAGAACUUCGGGGGUAAGGACAUCCGGUACAAGGAAUGUUGGAGGUUGGCUACCUCGUGGGAGUCGUGUUUCUGGUGUUGGAGGAGGGGGAGGGCAUAACUAUAGAAUCAGGAUCCAAGGUAGUGGAGGGGGAUCGGGGGCUCAGGGAGGUAGAGGACACAGACCAGGGUCUCGAGGUGCUAAGGGCACCCAGGGGAGCACAAGUACAGAGCCAACGUUGUCUUCGGAGCCUCAUCUCCUACAUCAUCAAUCUACUUCCCAGCGUCAUUCCCAACAACCUCCACCUGCUGCCCCCAGUGCUCUCAGAGAUCAUAGUCCACCGGCUACAACACUUCCGACUUCAGAGCCCCUUGUUUCCCCAGCUCCUACGCAUGGUCACUCGAGUGCGUCCAGCUCAAGCUCUUCGUCAUCUAGUGUCACUGAUGUCGGUGGUCAGGAACGGGGUGGCCAGUCACCUACUUCUGGACAUAUUCAACAGAGCGGUCAAGACUCAGCUCCCAAUCAAGACGCCAACCCAGGCAUACCCGGUCAGCAUUCUGAUUCAGGUGGCGGAGGAGGUUCUGGGAGGGCUGCAGGUGGGACGAAAGAUGAUUCACAGGCCCGUGGUUCUUCAGUUCAACAGUUACUAACACCUCAGAACCCUGCGACACUUCAGAUUCCUGGUGCUUCAAGUUUGGUAUUUGUGUCAUCGGAUGAUCUUGGUCAGCCAGCCGUCCAUGAUCCGGCUUCACCGGUCGGUGAUCAUUCAGCUCAACAGCGUCUUGCUGCCCAAGGCACUAUGCAACUUCGAGAUACGGGUGUUGCACGUGCAGAUUCAUUGUCUUCUCCUGUCGUCAUGCAACGCAGCACGCAAAGCACACCAGCAUCUGCACACAGGCAUUACACUAGUGUUAGGACUAGAGACAAUUUCGGAGCUGGAGGGCAGGCAGACAAGGAUGAUACUUGGUGGAGGCCAGAUUGGUGGGAUUAUAACGUGGACAUGAAAGGAAAAUGGAUACGGAAGCAACAAGAGGAUGAGUGGCUGAAAACGCAAGAACAGAAAGAUCUUGAACAGCAAAGAAGAUUGCAGCAGCAUUUGCGCCGUUUCCAGCAGCAUAAAAGCCGUUACACUGCACCCACCCCUAUUACUAUUCCGGAGCCGAUUGAUUUUAGCGUUGACGGCAACGUAGUUUAUUAUGACAGUGACACGGAACUGCAGGGGAAAAGGGACGUGUUUGAUCUGCGUAAUGAGCGAUAUAUGAAUUCACUCCGUGUGGAAACACUACGAAAAAUCGAAGAAAAGCAUAAACUUCAAAAGGAAGCGGCGGGGCGUUAUAAAACGUAUGAGGAACACAAAUACAUUAAAGGCCAGCAGGAUGCUGGCGACGUGUUCACUGGUAUUGUACCGUCAAACGCCGGAGGCAUGCCUAAUGCGGCGAUUAUCGACAAAUCCGCCUACCUCGGAGUUCCUAGGGGUGAGCCUAUAAAGGCGCCAAAAAUGUUUCCUCCCAUGCCUGACGUUACAGGUGAGCAUAUUCCAGAUCCUAAUUUAAAUACCCGUCUGCCGAUGCAUCCACCAAUCCCCAGGUUGAAACCUAAAAUUGAAUCGGAGAUGAAAAAGCCAUACGAGCCUCCCAUCUCUCACACACAACCAAGGCAUCGCACAUACCAGCCCCAAUUUCAGUAUAUCGAUCCCCCCCCGGGCGUCAUGAUCGAUGAGCAAAUAUGCCCGGCAAAGUAUACCAGUGCCACCACUGAAAAGCUCCCGCCCACCGACACCUCCAACCCCCCGCCCCUAACGGUGCGUGACAUGCUGUGCUGGCUCGGGGAUCUGCCGAAUUCACUAGGCUACGCCGAUCUGACGCGACACAUUGCGGGCUUAUUUGAAGGCUCUGAAAUCAUUGCAUCGUCAGAGUCUUUCUCAGCUGCAAACGUCAUCGGUGCCCUCUCCGACACCUGUGGCCACGCCAGCUCUGUGCUCGCUGCCAUGGAGGGGCUUAAGCCCGCUACCCCUAACAAAUUCCACUACCAGCGCUACGGCGUUCCCCUGAUGUACUACUCCGACGACCCCUACACGCUGCUGUGCCAGUUGGUCAACUACGUCUAUGCGGCGUGUCAUCAGUUAUCGUUCCUCCGAGCGCAGUGCAGCCGGGACACGCAUUCUGGUGGAUGGCGAGACUGCAAAUUUGGUAGAGAUGUGAAAGUGUCCAAAUCAUGGCAGUGCCCCCAACCUCCGGUAGAUGCUACGAAAUUUGAGGACCACGGCUGCGACGCCUCCCCGCUGCAGGGCUUUCUCACUGACCAGUCCGAUCUCUCCACCUACCUGUAUCGGCGGGGCGACAUAUGCCGGCGGAGCCGUAUAAAAAUGGGCUUUCGUCCGGAUCAUUUGCGUCAAGAGUCCAAGCAUGGCUUCUACAUGUACAACGUGCUGGCCGGGGUGUGCUAUCAAAAUGCCGACCCAUUCGAGAAGUUUUGCAGGUAUCUUGUAUGCCUCACCAGGCGGACGCCGCGCACCACCGGGGAGCUUGUCUCCUUCUUCCACAAUUUCGGGAAUGAGCUGCAAGCAUCUUCACAGUUAUCCAGGCUGGGCUCUGCCCUCUCCAAGUCACAUGACGACUGCCCCGACUGGGACCGCCUUGGUGACGCCGACCUCAAUGCAAUCAAGGACGUCCGGGGCUCCGGUACUCCCAACUCCAACCACAACAAUGGCCAUCCCAAGACACUGUCCACAUUGCUUGGCUGCGGCAUCACUAAUGUGAACUGCCCACAGCAUAUGAAGCCCAUCACCUAUCGGGCCUACGCCCUGUACUCCACGGCGUUCGUCCACCACUACCUCAGCUGGGUGGCCUACCUAUCUGACAGACUCUGGGAGUCGCUGGAAAAGCUGAGUAUAGACAUGAAGAAGCAUUAUGGUACCAAGUGUUUAUCACUCCACCAGUGCCCCGAAGCCCUGCCCCUCCUCUACACUCACGGGUUCACUGCACCAGAAGGGACACUACAAUCACGAAUCUCCUGUUCCAAGGUCAGCGCUAAGUUGGAGGCAGUGGUCUCCGGAAAGCCUAUCGCAGACCUUAUUACCUGCAUGGACAAUUUCCUCAUCGGCAUCCGUGCUCCCUUCCUCUUUGCCAUCACAACGCUCUGGCUCAUCGCCACGCUCUACAUCGCCCACUCACUCCUCUACCGCAUCGACGUUCUGCGCAUCCGCUCCCACCUCACCACCAGGGCCUCACACCUCAUCGACGUCAAGGCUUUGCUCGCCGGAAGCCGCAGGAUGCUCUCGCUCUACCACGGCGUCGAUUACUUUGACGACGAUCCGAUGGGUUAA